UAUGGUACUCCUAUAGACCUUAUUAGCCCUCUAUGGGGACUUAACGUAAGAUUGUCUAAAUGAAAUGAGUUAUAUUUUAUGAUUUCUUAACGAUUUACUCAUAGGCUAAUGUCAAGUUUAAGUUGUAAGUUUCUGUAGGAUCUCAUUGCUGUAGGCUACAGGAUGCCUGUAUCCGGUAUCCUGGCAUACUUUAUCCUAAGACUGUCUGGUUCAAUGAUACUGUAUGAUUUCUUAAUGAUUUCACAGAAGGUAUAGGUACGGCAAUUUAAUCUAUAACCUUAUAGCCUAGGCUAGGCUAUAGCCCCAUAUCCUAGGAUAUUUUUUCAAUUUAUCAAAAGACGAGAGUAGAGGAGAAUUUAUGCUACAAAAUAAGUGGUGCAAAUUGUGUCUUUCACCAGUUUUUGUCGUUUAUUUUUACAGGUAUUCUCUUACUUACAUGGGAUUACUAUGAGAUUCAGGGUCUCUGUAACAUGGUUUUUUGGACUUUGCUCCUUGUCAAAGCAUCGGAUGUAGCUGAAAGUUGACGUAUGUAUAUUUUACAACCACACACAAAUUUUGUCAGCAUUAUCAAUAACCUAAACCCGAUAGUUUUAAUUUUUAUAGAGUAAAAAUGAUCUAGCCGACGCCAUGGCCAAUGAUUACGAGCCAAGAGUCGAAAAACACUCAUUACGUAAGCAAGGUAAGUAAGCGCCUUUUGACUAAAUGUUGCACCGCCCAUCCACCAGACAGAAAUGCCGUCGGCUCUGAAACCCAAAGACUUUAUGAAUGGCGGAACGAUACAUAGAUGUGGGGUAUCAGUGCUAGCAUAGUAAUACUACUGUAGCAGUAGUGCCGCAACAGUAUAGCAAUAAUAUACAUGAAUUAAACGUUUAGACCAACUGCUGGGAUCCUUGAGGAUCAUUUAGCACUUCUUACAACUACUCGAGAAAUUAGUUUUUAUAGCCAGAAGUUAAAUUUUCUAAUCCAACAAUGCCCAUGGUAGCCUUAAGUGUUAUCCUGAAUUAUAACGAGGCGAAAGUGGGUGGAGCCUCAUGAAGUCCCCAUUCUGACGAUAAUUAUUGGUGAAGGUUUAAAGCCAAUAUACGGUACCGGCUAUUUUUUUUCAGUAAAUAGGUUUGAUAGCCAAUAAAUAAAAAUUGCUUAACAUUGGAUAUAGCAGUUAUCAAAUCAAGCUUGUCUACUAUGUUUUUGGUAAUUACCAACUAUUCCCUACAUCUUGUCAAUCUUAUUGUGACCUAUAAAGUAGAAUGUAAUUUCUUUGGAAACUUAUUUUGGGAGUUAGACUAAUAAUCGAAGUGUUUUUGUAUUUAUUAACAUAUUUUGUUGGUUUGUUCAUUAUGACAAUUAUCAGUGGGGAGGUUCCAGAGUUCAUAAAGGUGUACUGCUUUGCUUGUAUUUAAAUUUGUAUGUCAUUGUUGCCAGAGGUUUAGCCUUCGUUACGUAUAGCCAAUCAUCCAUCGAGAAAGAGGGAAGAAAUGAUGUAAUAAGUUACGUAACGAGUGCGUUCGAAACCUUUUCUCUGAGUAAGUUGGCCCGUCUUCAAAAAAGGUCACUUUUACAUUAUAAGUACCAAAUUUAUUCAACCUACGUAAUGCAGAAUACACUCAAAAUUUAUGUGUUGACAUAAUAUGUAUUCUGAAUAAGCGUUAUAUUUAUGAAAUGCAUAGAUAAAAAGUUAUUGCGAAAAAACUGUGUUACAGAGGCCCUGAAUCUCAUAGUAGGUUCCAAAAAACACAUCGUUUGUUGUAAAAGUCGUAUCUCGAAUAUAGCCUUACCUACACUGGGGUAAUCAGUAUCAUCCUUGCAAAUAUGGUAGCCUAGCCUACACUACACACUAUACUCUAUACAUAUGUGGCAUAGUAAUUACUUAAAUCAGCUAAUUCUCUACAUUCAAUGCAGUUUGACUUAUGAUAAUUCAGUACAAAGUGAAAUUGAAUAACACUAACAAGAGUUAGCCUAGCGUAGGGGAAAGAACCGAGUGGACUAGCUGAUCCAGCCUUGGCCGCUUGUUGAUACACCCUCUGAAAAAGUGCUUUAACACGUUCUGACACCGGAGAUGGGUACCAAUCACGAGUCAUUGGUGGUGAGAGCAACACCUUGAGACCUAUAAUCUCCUUUCAAAAUUCUCCCUCAGAAGAACCUUCCUUCCUUCGGCAGUUUUGAGCAGCAUCAGGAUUUUAGGAAUGCAUGUUAUUUAAUGAUACUACAUGGAACAUUACCAAUAGCAGCUCUUAAAGUGUAAGAGACAACAGUGAAUUAUUGUAGUCCUCCUUUAAAAAUUACAAGUUAAAUCUGUCCUGAAUAUUAGAUUCAUACAUCAGCAGUGAAAUCUGGUUGUAGUCCUUUAAGAUAUUUUAAGAUAUUUUACAUAAGUUAUAACAGAUUUUAUUGUGUAAUCAUUUGUAAACAAUUUUGUGUUAAGAGUUGUCAAUUGAAAACGUUGUCAUUAUAAAACAGGACAGGACAAAAGGCUAAAAUGAAUCCAGAACAUACUUUAGAAUUACAUUUGAAAAUUGAAGCUGAAGGUGCAUUAUCACUACCUUCCAUAAGUCAAGAAAAUAGCAACAUGGCUGCCUUUAGGGACACCAGUGAUGGUGACUUUUUGUCUCUGGAUCCAUUGAUGGACAUCAAAAUAGAGCCAGAGGAAUACAGUGAGCCUAAUAAAGAUGAUGAAUAUUCAUAUGAAUUGAAUUCAGUAGUGAAUGAAAAAGAUCCACUAAUUUGCAAAAACGAAGUAAAACAAGAAAGAAGGAAUUGUCAUAACGGAGAGAAGGCUUUCAGAUCCACUGACUGUGAGAUAGCAUUUUAUAAGAAACUUAAUGUUACAGGUCACAUCACAAAUCCUACCAGAGAGAAAAUAUUCAUGUGCAAUGAAUGUGAGAAAACAUUUUCCAGAAAAGAUACUCUUACACAUCAUAUUAAAAUACAUAUGGGAGAGAAGCCAUUCAUGUGCAACGAAUGUGGGAAAGCAUUUUCCAGCAAACAAGCUCUUACAUAUCAUGUGAGAAUGCAUAUAGGAAAGAAGCCAUUUAUGUGCAAUGAAUGUGGGAAAGCAUUUCCCAGGAAACCAGAUCUUACAGUUCAUAUGAGAAUACAUACUGGAGAGAAGCCAUUCGUGUGUAUGGAAUGUGGGAAAGCAUUUUCAAGUAAGCAAUCUCUUACAUAUCAUAUGAGAAUGCAUACAGGAGAGAAGCCAUUCAUGUGCAGGGAGUGUGGGAAAUCAUUUUCCAGGAAACCUGUACUUACACUUCAUAUGAGAAUGCAUACAGGAGACAAGUCAUUUAUAUGCAAGGAAUGUGGGAAAGCAUUUUCCGGGAAACAUGCUCUUACUGUUCAUAAGAGACUGCAUACUGGAGACAAGCCAUUCAUGUGCAAUGAAUGUGGGAAAGCAUUUUCCAGUAAGCAAGCACUUACAUAUCAUAUGAGAGUGCAUACAGGAGAGAAGCCAUUCAUGUGCAGGCAGUGUGGGAAAGCAUUUCCCCAGAAGCAACAACUUACCAAUCAUACAAGAAUUCAUACCGGAGAAAAACCAUUCAUGUGCGAGGAAUGUGGGAAAGCAUUUCCCAGGAAACAAGCUCUUACAUAUCAUAUGAGAAGGCAUACUUGAAAGAAUUCAUGCUGAAGAAACCCCGUAGGCGUGUAGUGCCAUCAAUGCACCUCAUGCGGGGUAAUGUAGGUAUUACUUAAGGAUAUUUACAGUAUUGGUCCCUUGUUGCAACGACUUUGACUGUUUCUACUAUACUUCUGUUCAUAUUCUCUUUGUUCUAUCUUACUUUCCACCCUCUCCCACUUUUGAACUUUUGAAGCUUUGCAACUUGCAUGUGAAGUUAUAGUGCUGAAUGUGACUGUGUAAUAGUUAAAUUUGAAUCAUUGACAGUGCUUUUAUUUGCUCUGAUAAAGACUGUGAAUUGCCUAAGGGCCCCUCUGUUCAGAUUUUCUCUGGUUUGCGCAUGCGCAGUGAGAACCAUCAUGGCUACGUCAACAAAUUUGGAACAGGUGAUUGAGGAGCUCAGGGUAAUUGAACCAUCGCUUGAAAACCCCACUUGGGACUACCUUUUUAAAAAAAUUCAAUGAAGCAGAACUACAGAAACAUUACUGACAUCUAGGAUUUUCGAAAUUGUGAGUAACAAAAGAUAAACUAGUAGAUAUGGUAAUAGGGCAUCAAUAUUCUACAUCCAAGGAGAGUUUCCUGCAAAGACCAAGAAAUGGACUGGCUUGAAAAUGUCCAAUUAGAGGUAGAAAAAAUAAGAGAGCUCAUGAAUAAGAAAGACCUGGAAAUAGAAGAAUUGAACACUGCAAUAAAAUCAGCUCACAUAACUGGAUGAUCGUAUCUCUUCAAUGGAAGAGCAAGUUCGGGAGAGAGAGGAGAGAAGAUUGAAUGUGCUGUAUACAUCAGGUGAAAAAAUUCUACUGAUUGGUGAUGAAAGUUUGAGGGAUAUCAAGAAGACGGAUUGUGAGGACGAUUGUGCUAUCAGAACGAUACUGGAGGUUACUUUGGAUUUGACAAAAUGUUGGGUAGAUGAAAAACUUUCUUGGACACCAGAUAAGUGUAUAAUAUAUUGCGGAAUACACGACUUGAUGGAAAAUUGAAAUGUAGAUAUUGUAUUAGAUAAAUUGGGCUGUCUAGUCACUAAACUAAGAUAUAAAAAUAUUGUAAUGAACAUUUAUGAGCUCGUGCCAUCUUUGAAUGCUGAUCUAAAUUCUGUUAUUGAAGAAUACAAUGUAAAAUUGAUGGGAUGGGGUCAUGCUAAUGGGAUUUCAGUAAUUAAGACUAAUUUAAUGUUCAAAUUUGGCAAAGGAGACAUUGAUGAACUGUUUUAAGGAAUAAAAAUUCUGGGAUAUUUUUGAAUAGGAGUGGGGUAGUACGACUGCUUUCUGCACAGAAAAAACACUAACAGCAAUGAAACCUAUAUACCAAAAUUGCCAUUUAGUCACUUCAAUAAUGCAAUUAAAAACAAGCAAAAGCUUACACCUCUGUAUUCCCGAAAUCAAGAAA